AUGUGCAAGGCCAUGAGCAAAGCAGCGAGCUGGGAGAUGGACGGACUGCGCGGCGACAGCAGCGGCGGCGGCGGCGGCGGCGGCGGCGGCGGCGGAGCCCCCGGGCAGUGCCGUAAUUUUCUCUCCUCGCCCGUUUUCGGGGCGGCUCACACGGGCCGAGCGGCCGCCGCCGCCGCUGCCGCCGCCGCCGCCUCGGGUUUUGCCUACGCCGGCGGAGGGGAGCGCUCGGGGGCGGCGGCGAGGCCCGACCCCCCGACCAAGGACUGCCCGGGCUCCACCACGGCGGCCGCCGCCCCAGCGCUGGGCUAUGGGUAUCACUUUGGCAAUGGAUACUAUAGCUGCAGGAUGUCCCACGGGGUUGGGAUACAGCAAAACGCCCUGAAGUCUCCCCCCCAUGCCUCCAUUGGCGGCUUUCCCGUGGAAAAGUACAUGGACGUCUCCAGCUUGACCAGCACGAGUGUCCCAGCCAAUGAAGUCUCCUCCAGGGCAAAGGAAGUGUCCUUCUACCAGGGCUAUACAACCCCCUACCAGCACGUUCCUGGGUACAUAGACAUGGUCUCAACGUUUGGCUCUGGGGAACCGAGACACGAAACAUACAUAUCAAUGGAGGGCUAUCAGUCUUGGACUCUGGCUAAUGGCUGGAAUAGUCAGGUUUACUGUGCCAAAGAUCAGACACAGAGCUCACACUUCUGGAAAUCGUCCUUUCCAGGGGACGUUGCACUAAACCAGCCCGAUAUGUGUGUCUACCGACGUGGGAGAAAGAAGCGAGUGCCGUAUACAAAACUGCAGCUUAAAGAACUCGAGAAUGAAUAUGCCAUUAACAAGUUCAUUAACAAGGACAAGAGGCGAAGGAUAUCCGCAGCCACAAACCUGUCUGAGAGACAAGUUACCAUUUGGUUUCAGAACAGGAGGGUGAAGGAUAAGAAAAUAGUCUCCAAACUGAAAGACAACGUAUCCUGA